UUUCUUUCUUAAUGAGUCAGUCAAUGUGUAACAACACUUCCCUUUCUUGGUGUCCAAGUCAUUCCUUUUGCCUAUAUAUGUAAAACAAACACAAGGGGACUUGUUAUUUUCAUCACACAAGUCACAAACCAUGUCACCCCAGAACCAUGAAGCUCUAUGUGUAGAGAUUCAUGAAACAAACCAUUUUAUGGAAGGUUUAGCUAGUCGAACGCAGCUCGAAUGUCGUAAAAUCGGAGAAAAAUACAAGGAAAUGUAUGGGGAGGAGUUGGUGCAUUUGCUUGAGAACAGAACAAGAAGCCACAAAGAUGAGACCAGGAUUUCAGGUGAGGCUUGUGCAGGGCUGUGUAUGUUGGUGGUGAACCCACAUGAGAGGGAUGCUAUCACUGCUAAAGAGGCACUUGAUCAGCAAAGUGGGGUCAACUACAAGGCCUUGAUUGAGGUUUUUGUUGGUAGAAAGUCUAGUCAUAUUGUUUUAAUUCAACAGGCUUACCAGAAAAAGUUCAAGAGGCAGUUGGACCAUGAUAUUAUCAGUAUUGAACCUUCUCAUCCAUACAAAAGAAUACUGAUGGCAUUGGCUGCAUCACACAAAUCUCACCAUGCAGAUGUGAGUCAACACAUUGCAAAGUGUGAUGCACAGAGACUUUACCAAACAGGGGAAGGAAGACUAGGAGCCCUGGAUGAAGCUGUUGUGCUAGAGAUACUAAGCAAAAGAAGUAUUGCUCAAUUCAAGCUUGCAUUUUCUAGCUACAAGAAAAUCUAUGGGCAUGACUAUGCAAAGUCACUCAAGAAUGAAAACCCUGGUGGAUUCGAGGAUGCAUUCAAAGAAGUUGUGAGCCAUAUAUGCAAUCCAUCCAAGUACUAUGCCAAGGCAUUGUAUGCAAGCACACAAGGCACAAGUAUGGACACAAGGGCCCUGGCUAGAGUUAUGGUGAGCAGGGCUGAGAUUGACUUGGAUCAGAUUCAGAGCAUUUUUAAACAGAAAUAUGGAAUGAAACUUAAGGAUGCCAUAUCUGAGAGCACUCUAGCAGAAGAUUACAAAGUGUUUCUGAUUGCAUUGGCCAACAAGACAGACACAGACACUUCUUGCAAAUGACAACUCUCAAAAAGUUGUAAUGCAAAGUUGUUGUUUUAUAUAUUUCAAAACCUUUAUUAGCUAGUGAAGCAAAGUGUAAGAAUUUAAUAUAUGACAUUUA